CAUCUUCAAAGACAUUUAAAGCAUUAGGCAUUUAAGAAUGGCGUCUUAUCCUGUUUCUAUAAUGAAAGAAUAUGACUUUUUGUUGUUCUUUCGAUCAAUAAAUUGCGGUAGGAAGCUGGAGGUGCUACGCGAGAAUGCGCAUUACAUUUUUGUUGGUGAGAACAUCAAAUACCGCGGUUAUCGAAGAUAUUUUUAUGUUCCAAAUGUUGAAGAAGUUGAAGUAUUAAGACAUAAAAUCACGAGCAAGCUCUUGAUUACGACAGCGACAUGUUCCGCAGAAAAUAUCGACGGGAAAAUAGUCAGCGAAAUGUUUUUUGUUGUCGUGGACACCUCUGAUUCGCAUGUAAGAAAAGCACUCGACGAAACAUUUGAUAAAGCUAAGCAACUCAUAGAAAAUGGAGAGAAAUUCACGGUCCAGUUCGAUCUAGAUCAGUCGAUCGCAGCUUGGUAUGACCAAUGUUUGAAUUACGACAAUCCUUCUUGUGAAAAAAUUUCCACGUCAGUUGGUGCUGGGUUUUAUCUUCUACAUGAAAACCCACCACAUCCCAUACCCCGCAGACAGAAAAAUAUGAGUGACGUUGAACUUUUCUUUGGUUUGGCCUGUUUUCCAUGUUAUCUCUGCUACUUGUAUAUAAGACAUCUUAUCGAUCAACUAACUUACUCACCGAACGGCUUGUUGGAUGACUCUUCGAUUGUGAAAAUACCAACCAACUUCAAAGUGAAAGAUCAAUACCCAAGUUUUGUACGAAGAAUGGAAUAUAUUGACUUCAGCAUGUUUCACGCCUGA